UGUAAGAACAUGAGCACUACACAUCAUCUUGUAGAGCCUAUGCUACGUGGAUUCCACAUGCAAUAAUUGAUGCUACAACAAAAACCAUUUACAUGGACUGUUCUUAAGUAGUAAGGUCCUUCAGGGAUUUAUUACAUCUUGUUUAGGGGUCUUCUCUACCUAUUAGGAGAGUAAAAUGGUGACAGUAGAAAAUGAUGAAUUGGGAAAGAUCCAUUCUAACAGGCUGCUUUGGAUAGCUUGAACAACAUGCACUUUAAAAUCCCUAAACUUUAAAAUCCCUAAACUGAGGGAAUUAAAAAAUAAAAAGUUCAUCACUGUUGAUAAAACAUGGAUUUUAUUGCUUUUCAGGCUUACUCUGAAAAGUCUCUGGGGUGAGACUGGUACAUCUCAUAUAUACUGAAAAGACUUCUUGGUACCACAAAGUAGCUGAGAAAGUGAGGAGAACCUGCUCAGUCCUGGUGUCUGUAUUUCCCAUUCCUUCUGACUGAUGAUAAAUUGGAAGAGUUAUGGGAUUGCCUGUAAGGUCUGUAGAGGAUCUAGUGGCAUGUUUCAUAAACUUGAUCUGUUUGGUCAUGGCCCUUGGUAAGUAUGAUCUGUCAGUGUGACCCGUAAGAGUUCUUGUGGUAUUUCAAAGGAAGGUUGAUUUAUUUGAUCUGGUGGCCUUGGGUGACGAUGUGGACAGAGUGAAAGCGUGGCUGCGAUGCUCCUCGCAGUCCUGGGAAGAAAUGGUAGGAAAAUGCCAGGAAGCUUCAAUGGCCACUUGGUCCUGAGGCAUGAGGGAGGGGAGGGCCAGGCCUCACAUGGUAUUUAGUUGUUAACUGGCUGUGGCUGCUCAUGGGCAGGAGGGGGUCUCUCCCAGCUGUGUGAGAGUCAGACUGCUCUGAUACUGGGCCACAUAGCAGAAUUGAAAAUGAACUCCUCAAUUUCUUCAUAAACCUCUGGCACAAUUUGUAAAGAAAACCCUCAUGUCUCAAAGUUGGAGACAAAAACUAAACUGAAAGUCAGGGUGUGCUAAACCCAGGAUUAGAGACUGAAUGUAUCACAGCAGGGUUGAUGCUCCCAUGUUUCUAGCAGUUUAGGAACAAGGGGCCUUUGCUCUUCCUGGGUAUCUGGCUAGUCUAGCAAGCAUCCUCUGACCUUUCCCAUCCUUUGUGUUCAGUCAGGAGAUUGAAUCCAGAGAGAGACACUCACAUGUACUCCUCCAAGGGCUGUGCAAGUUCCAAGGGGAACCUGUCUGCAGUUGCAAUACUGAGGGGUAAAAAAAACAUGUUGAGGACAAGGUGUUAAGAAACAAUGUUGGCUGUGAGAAGGUGCAGGAAUGUGGCUGAGCCAUGAAAGUGUCAGUGUGACAUUGCUGGAUGCAGUUCAUUGCAGUUCAUGUUUGUUUUUUAAUCAAGAAAAUUGUACAUGCAGUGUGACUCUCAUGGCAUUCUGUUAAAGCCCUUAGAAAUGCUGGGAUCCUGAUUAUGAUUAGGAUGUCCAUCUAACCUUUUUCUUGGAUGUGUGCUUUAUGGUAAGCUAAUGACCCAUGCGCCUGUUUCCUUCUGUCCUGUAUUCCCAAUGUACUCGUGUGCCAGAACAGACAACACUCACUUGUUGUUCACCACAUGACUCCAUUCUAUUCAAACCCUUGCCUGAAGGCAAAGGUUUUAAUUUUUGCAGGCUUUCUUAUGGUGUUUGUCUGAGUGUGUUGUAAACAAAAGGGAAAUCACUUUGAUAGCAGAUUUCUGAAAUGGAGGGCAGGAUGCUAUCCUUAUUUUAUAGACUGUGAUUUCAGGUAUGUAAGGCUCAGGUCCAAGGACUUAUUGGAGUACCUUUGAAACACCUUUUACUUAACAAUAAAUUCUGGACUGCAAACCUGAUUUUGAUUUUUACUCUUUUUCUUGAGUACUUGGAGAACAAGGUGUUACAUGACUUUAAAUGCAGUCCUGUGGAGUACCUGGCCAUAUUUGAGUGCACGGCAUCUCUGCAAGUGAGACCUAGAGAUUUACUCAAAAAAUGGGAAAUACAAACUAGUGAUGACAAAUGCAAAAUCGAGGUGCUGAAGGUUGCCUGGGUGUGUGUUAAAAUUUCCUGGGAGAAAGUGGCUUAGGUAUUCAGCUGAGAGAUCACACUCACUGCUUCGCCGAUUCCCUGUCUCUCUUGCCUGCCUAUUUCAGAUUUCCCAGCAGAUCUACAGAAAGAGGCUUUCCUUGUUUUGCCUAUAGUGGCUCACAUCAGGGUGGGUCCAGCCUGUGCUCUCGGGAAAAUGGAAUCUUGUUGGAAAAACGGAUUGUGCUGCUGUAAUCAAAGGCUGUUACUGAGCCUAUGGAUUAGAGGUCAGCACUGAGCAAAAGCCCUGAAAUCUAUGCACUCCUCAGUUUUUUUGUUGUGCUUCUUUGUUUUGUUUUGGUUUUGUUUUUGUUUUUUGCAAACUUGCCGUUUUAGUAUAAUUGUAUGUGCCACCUAUCAGCAAAAUCAGCACUUUGAUUUUUGGGGAAGAAAGGAUUAGGAGUACAGUUUUUAAGCCAGAGGUAGAAUGAAUUGAUAUCCAAAAAUUUCUAAAUAACCAGGUUUGUAUGAGAAGCUGGAGAGGUUUUAGUUUUAGUUUACAUGUUAAACUCUUGGAAUAAUGAAGAGCAAAUAUUUGUCUUAGUGACGUCUUAGCUGAGAAGCCCAUAGCUUUGAUCAUAAGGGAUGUACGUCUCUAGUCUUUGCUUUUUCUUUAAUGAGCUAUAAAAAUAGUAAUCCUCCCUCUUGUUUAAAAUGCUGCUUCAUAUGUAUUACUUUUAUGAUCAGGAAGUGUAAGUGCAUCGAUCAUACUUUCGAUGAAUGCAGUGCAUUAUAAUCUAAAAUCUGAUGUCUGUUUUUUCUAUAUACAUAUUUCUCAGCACAUGCAAAUCAUGUCCAUAUUGAAAUUGAGUUCAGUCAGCAGUUACAGGUGAAAUUUGAUUAGGUACUGUGAUGUGUUGUGUACGGCCUAAGUUCUUAACUCAGAUGUCUGCAGCCUUUGCAAAGGAACUGGCACCUUCUGACACUGGCUUGUCUUGCUCAGGUGGCUCCCCAGCCUUGUCCUGAGGUAAGUGCAAGGAGGGAGCACUGCUCAGCAGGAGAGGGCCACUGGCUGCAGGUGAAGGGCAGCACCUCUGUGUAUGGUGUGCAGCUGGAAGUGCUCUGUGGUGCUGGGGAAGCAGCAGGGAGCCACAGCAAGGGAAGGGGUGGUGGGAAGCAUAGCUGAGAAUGGGAGCCUGCUUGAAAUGGGAGGAAAUUCAGAUCACCUUUCCCUCCCUGACCCUAUGGCUGGAUGGAAUUGCCAGGGCCUCUCGUAUGUAGCUUCUGAUCUUGUGAAAUGGGGGCUUCCUCUUUGCAGGUCCUUGCAGAAACCAGGAGUUAUUCAGCGCUGCACUGCUGUGAAGUACCACUACACCUCCAGCUCUCUGCCUCGCAACUUACCCAUCAACAUCACCAACACCAUCCGGCAGGAUGAGUGGCACGCGCUCCAUCUGCGCAGGAUGACAGCUGGCUUCAUUGGCAUGGCAGUCUCCAUCAUCUUGUUUGGGUGGAUCAUUGGUGUGCUGGGCUGCUGCAAACAGCAGGAGCUCAUGCAGUACGUGGCUGGGCUGCUCUUCCUAAUGGGAGGUACUUGCUGCAUCAUCUCACUCUGCACAUGCGUAGCUGGGAUCAAUUUUGAGUUAUCCCGCUAUCCUCGCUACGUCUAUGGGCUGCCAGAGGACAUCAGUCAUGGCUAUGGCUGGUCCAUGUUCUGUGCCUGGGGGGGCUUGGGCCUCACCCUGCUGGCUGGGUUCCUCUGCACAUUGGCCCCAUCACUCAACACCUCCCGGGCAUCUGUACAAAAACCCAGACAAGAAAAUGGGGCCGUGUGACCCCGGAGGGAGUGAGGAGAGACUCUGGAAAGCGCAGCCUGGGCAGAGCUGUGGGUUAACACCAGGAAGAGGUGGCAUGUCAGCGUGUGGAGAGCAGUGCCAGAGCUGUUGAAAUGCCAGCCCGUGGGACGCUGCUACAGCCUCCAGUCGCAGACACGGACAUUGCAAAGUAACUCCAGGUUUGAAUUAUUGGCAACUUGAUCAUUGAUGGUUUAAGGGGGACAGUUCUUUAAAUUUGUUUUUCUUCUGUUUACAAGGGAUUAAGUCCGAGGUUGUGUCUUUUUUUGUGCUGUUUUUUGAACUGUACCUCCAUGGUCCUGUUAUUGUCCAGUUGUAAGGGAUGUUUACGCACCAACUCUAUUGCUGCAGGUCUGUGUAAUUCAGACCCAAUUUAGGGCAAGGAGCUAAGUGAAGUUGGCUUGAACACUUUUGCAACAUGUGGCAUGUCUAGUGUUGGCUCAGGCCAUCCUUUCCCAAAAGAACCUUGAUCUAAGCUGAGGUUUAGGCCAAAGAAUUAGCCCAUUCUUAGUAUUAAUUUAUUUAAAUCAGAAACCUGUGCUAUUCCAUGCUGUGGAUUCAGCUAUUUACUCACUACUCAAAACUGUUUCCAAAAGGAGCUAGCUGUAACUGAGCAGCAAGACCCCAAGAAAACUUAGACUCUGGGAAAGCAGAGGAAAGUUUUUCUCAGCUUCUUACACAGUGAAGGUUACUCAUUUGGCUAACAAACCUUUAUUUUAAUGGGGAGAUGUAUGCAACAUGCAGCUUUUACUUAUUCCACCAGAGGUACAUUUUUCAAAAUGUGUCAUAGUUUGAGCUGCCAGGAUCAACUUUCACUCCUGAACUACUGAACUAACUUGUGGGUGCAACUGCUGUGAAAGGAGAUGAGUAAUUCUCCCUGAGCUCAAAUAACAGUACUGCUAAAAUAGCAGAUGUACAGCCCCCUCUAAUAUUAGUGUCCAAAGGAACCACAGUGUAUUUUCCUCAGGAACGUGUGGCUUCUGCUCAGUUCUCCACUCACGCCCUUCCAAUGUCAAAUGCCCUGAGCGCAGCGUGUCAAGAACACGCGUGUUCUGCUGGAACAAGAUCCCUCUCCAAAAUGAGCACUAAGGACCUUGGUACCAGCACAAGUACUAGGGCUAACUCAGGAACAUCAGCCAAAGUACUUUGGAGUGCAUUUUUCUUUCAUCCAUCUAUUUUUUUUUUCCCUUCUCACAUCCCUGCCCCUCUCCCAAGCAUCUAAAAACUGCACAGGUAAAGAUGAGAUGGCCAGCAUUUGGAGAUGUUUACAUUGUAUUUAAAAUACAAUACAGUGGCAUGUAAGAUAUUUAAUGCUAAAGUCAGUGUAUUUAUGAAAAGUGUAAUUUUUAAAUGGAAGUUGUAAUUCUCAACUGGCAUUAAAAGUACUGAAAGACUUG